UCUGUGGUUAGAUUUUAAAAUAAAGAAACUAAAUCUACACCAAAUAAACACACACAUUAAAAAAAGUAAACAAAGCAAUUAGAAGAUUCACAUUCUUGAUUGAGCUUCUUUUUUCCUUUUUAAUUAUUGUAUCAUAAGAUUUCACAUAAAGGUAAUAUUUUCAUAUUCAUGUAGAUUAUAAAUAAAGCUGAAGAUUUUGCAGACAAGAAAAUAAAUUCAUCAGAGAAAAAAAAAGUCAAGUUUUUAUUGCAGAGGAGAAGAAAAAAAUGGAUCAAAGUGGAGAUGUUCAUGAACAUGAACAUGGGCAGCAUGAUAUAGAAAUUGAUGGAUCCUUUGGAGAAGAUAAAGAAUUUAAUUCAAUGAAGGAGCCAUUUUUGGUUAAGAAUAGGAAGAAUAAUACUUCCCAAAUUGCCAUUGUUGGUGCUAAUGUUUGCCCAAUUGAGUCCCUUGAUUAUGAGAUAAUUGAGAAUGAUCUGUUUAAACAAGAUUGGAGAUCUAGAAAGAAGGUUGAGAUAUAUCAAUAUGUUUUCCUCAAAUGGACGCUCGCGCUCCUUAUUGGAUUGGGUACAGGGCUCAUUGGCUUGUUCAAUAACCUUGCUGUCGAGAAUAUAGCCGGUUUCAAACUUCUGUGGACUAACAGUCUCAUGUUGAGGGAAAAGUAUUAUCAGGCCUUUGUAGCUUAUGCUGGCUCCAACUUAAUUCUGGCCAUUGCUGCUGGAGCUCUCUGUGCUUAUAUUGCUCCGGCUGCAGCAGGUUCUGGAAUUCCAGAGGUUAAAGCGUACCUAAAUGGUGUAGAUGCUCCUUCUAUUCUGGCUCCAAGUACUUUUUUCGUAAAGAUUUUUGGAUCUAUUUUGGGAGUCGCUGCUGGAUUUGUUGUUGGCAAGGAAGGUCCUAUGGUACAUACGGGUGCUUGCAUUGCUGCCUUACUUGGACAAGGUGGCUCUCGCAAAUAUCAUCUGACAUGGAAAUGGCUGAGAUAUUUCAAAAAUGACAGAGAUCGGCGAGACUUGGUCACUUGUGGUGCUGCUGCUGGUGUAGCAGCUGCCUUUCGUGCUCCUGUUGGCGGGGUUCUCUUUGCCCUUGAAGAAGCUGCUUCAUGGUGGAGAAGUGCUCUUCUCUGGAGGACUUUCUUUACAACAGCUGUGGUAGCAGUGGUGUUGAGAGCUUUUAUGGGUCUUUGCCAGAAUGGAGGAUGUGGGCUAUUUGGGGAAGGAGGUCUGAUCAUGUUUGAUGUUAAUUCAGCAAAAGCCACUUACAACACAGCAGAUCUUCUGGCAGUUAUUUUCCUUGGAGUGAUCGGCGGCGUUUUUGGAGGCUUAUAUAAUUAUUUUGUCGACAAGGUCCUUCGCACUUACAGUAUCAUCAAUGAGAAGGGUCCAUUAUUCAAGAUCCUGCUUGUCAUCAUUAUUUCCCUUUUGACAUCAUGUUGCUCUUAUGGUCUCCCAUGGCUUGCACCGUGCCUUCCGUGCCCCUCUCACCUGACGGAAGAUUGCCCUGCUCAUGGUCGCUCGGGUAACUACAAAAAUUUCCAGUGUCCGCCACACCACUACAACGACUUGGCUUCUCUCUUUUUCAACACCAAUGAUGAUGCUAUAAGGAAUUUAUUCUCACCGAGUAGUGAAAAGGAAUUUCAGGUCUCCACACUUCUGGUCUUUUUUGUGGCUAUGUACUUCCUUGGGAUCAUUACUUAUGGCAUUGCCGUUCCAUCGGGACUUUUCAUCCCUGUAAUUCUUGCCGGGGCCUCAUAUGGUCGCCUUGUUGGGAGGCUUCUCGGGCCUCUAUCUAGUCUUGAUGUCAGUCUCUUUUCUCUCCUCGGAGCUGCCUCCUUCCUUGGUGGCACUAUGAGGAUGACGGUCUCUCUCUGCGUUAUACUUCUUGAACUUACUAACGAUCUCUUGCUGCUUCCAUUGAUGAUGCUAGUUCUCGUAAUCUCAAAAACCGUGGCUGAUGGUUUUAACAAGGGUGUAUAUGAUCAAAUCGUGAAAAUGAAAGGAUUACCCUAUAUGGAAGCUCAUGCCGAACCCUACAUGAGGCAGUUGGUCGCAGGUGAUGCUGUGUCAGCUCCGUUAGUUUCAUUUUGCGGAGUAGAACAAGUAGGCAACAUAUUACAUGCUUUGAAGACAACGGGUCAUAAUGGAUUUCCUGUUAUUGAUGAGCCUCCUUUUUCUGAUGCUCCGGAGUUAUGCGGGCUCGUUUUGAGGUCGCAUCUGCUCGUAUUGCUUAAAGGUAAAAAGUUUACAAAUCGAAGGGUGUUGUCUGCAUCGGGAAUUUUGAAGACGUUUAAAGCCCACGACUUUGCAAAGGCGGGAUCUGGCAAGGGGGUCAAAUUGGAGGAUUUGGAUUUCACAGAAGAGGAGACGGAGAUGUACAUUGAUCUCCAUCCCAUCACUAAUACAUCUCCAUACACCGUACUUGAAACAAUGUCUCUUGCAAAAGCCGCUAUUCUCUUCCGAGAACUCGGCCUAAGACACUUGUGUGUGGUGCCGAAAACACCAGGGAGGCCUCCUAUUAUCGGAAUCCUGACGCGUCAUGAUUUCGUGCCGGAGCACAUACUCGGACUUUAUCCGCAUAUCAACCCUCACAAGUAAUGCAAAUACAAUUUCGUUCCGUGAUUGGUUGCUUCGUCACCAAAUUUCCGAAAAAGAAAAAAGGUCUAUCUAUCAUCCUGCUAUAUUAGUUCAUUGCUGCUGCAAUCAUUGUUGCAGUUCUUUCUUAUGUACCAUAAUGUCUUUUAUAAAACUAUUAUGAAAUUAAACUGCGUGUUCAGUAUUUAUAGAGAGUAGAGUGAUGAAAGGUAAUUUUUACAUUUUAGACAGUUUUUGUAUAUGUGAGAAUCAGAGUUUAUGUACCCUUAGCCAAUUUUCUGCUUAUAUAAUGCAAAAUUUUGGUUUAGUGGUA